GGAGAAGCCCAGGAGAGGGAGUUGAGUCAGAGCCGCACUGUUCCCUAGGUUGCAUGUGACUCAUCGAGUUUGCAGUGAAGUAGGCUACAAUUCAUUCCUACGGAAUGUUCACCUGAGAGAGCGAAAGCACUGCUAAAUAACAGACCGAGUCGUUUUGAGUAAUGUGGUGCCAUUAGAAGCGAAGGACGAUUGCACGGUAACCUGAUUUAGAAACGGAAAUUACAAAUUCACUGCUGAAGGAACGUAGUUUACAAACUUAGUAAAGCAACUGGUGAAAUAUCCACAUAUUCAAAAAGGAACAUGGCAACGGGUGGAUUUAAACCAAAUGCACAGACAGACUUUCUGGAGGAAUGGAAGGCUAAACGGGAGAAAAUGAGGGCAAAAAUGCUCGGGGACAUCGCUGCGGCCACCGGCGCGUGCACUGGUGGUAUUGUCCCUGCGUCCCUGGGGAGCCACAGCAACAAAAGUGAGAUGCGCAAUGCUACCUCGAGCACCGAACUUAACAACAACGGCAACCCGGACCGCGGGACAUCAUACCCCAUGGCUCGCUCAUCAUCAUCCUCAGCCUUGAAGAGACCUGACGAUGAACCACACCCGACACCAGCCGUCAGAGGAGCGGAUACACCGGGGAGUAACCUGAAGAAGACACCGCAGCCGGAGAAAGUGCCCUACACCCCACAAGAGUCCAGCCCCACUGCAUGCAAUGACCAUGACAGUGACAAGGAGAGCCCCUCACCCAGUAAAGGCAAAGAGAAGAAAAACAGUGGUCCAAGCGCCAGGAAGGGGAAAGGACAGAUAGAGAAGAGAAAGCUGAGGGAGAAGCGCAGAUCAACAGGUGUUGUCAGCAUGCCGUCCACCGAGAGCCUGGAUGAGCUGGAUGAUGACGACGGAAGGGAUAAGGCGAAGGAGGAGGAGCAGCAGCUGACACAGCUCAACACAGAACAGAACGAAGCCAUGACCUCUGACCCUGGGGCCACCACCCACUUACUACAGGAUACUCCAAGAUCCGGGAGUGGCCACCACCAGAGCAGCAGCUCUGGAGGUCCUGGUUCUGAGGAGGCGGCGGGGGGGAACAGUCGACACCGCCACGGCAACCGCCACGGCAACGCCGCCGCACCCGGAGGACUGGAGAGGAGGAUGGAGGAACUGGAAAAGGAGCUGGCCAGACAGAGGCAGGAGAACGGGCAGCUGCUGAAAGCCCACCAGGAUAAAGACGACGUAAUUGGAAAGCUGAAGGAGGAGAUUGACUUGCUUAAUAGAGACCUCGAUGACAUUGAGGAUGAGAACGAGCAGCUGAAGCAGGAGAACAAAACUCUCCUGAAGGUGGUGGGCCAGCUGACUAGGUAGAACCCAACGAGCCACGGAUCUCCACUUCCAAAAAGAAAACAAACCACCCCCUACCCCUCCAACGGAGUGCCCCUCUCAAGGCCUUGCUCUCACCCACCCCCUUCCCUUUCCACCCUCGUUCCAAGUCCAGCAGCAUAUCCUUUCUCUGUGUCGGUGGUGUCUCUGUUGUUGUCGAUGGGUGGUAGAGGACAUUUUAAAAGUAGCUUCUAGAUCCUUUGUGUCUUAAAUGCACCUUGAGCGUCCUCUCUAAGGAUGCUUUUAUUCAGUUCAGAGGGGAAACUGAAGCCACCGAAAGCUCUAGUCCUAUUUAGAUCCCAUGGGAUGUCUAAAUGAGGUUCUGUGAUGGUAUAUUUAAUGUAAAUCUCUUGUACAUAGGCCAUUUAGAUUUGUUGUUCUUUUUGAUGAAUCUUAAAAAGGAAAUUGAAUGUACGUGGUGCAUCACCGAGCACAUGAGGGAUGCUUUGUAGGUUUUAGGAACUUAAAGACUUCUUGGCCAUUUUGACUCUAAUGAUCUGUUGACCAAGUAUACAGUACUUGCGUAGAUUAUGUGCAACGGCUCUCUGUGCUCCUGUUUAUCUGCAUCAUUACAGUGUCAAUGCAUUGUCAGCUCAGAGGCCGUAUUGUCCUUCAAAGCACUAAAACCUGGUCUCCAUCUGCACGUGAAAGAACCGGCUCUGUGAUAAAGCCUGUGUCAUUUAGACCAAAUUCAAAAACAAAAUCCCUGCUACCAUCAGCCAAAGUGGGCAUAAUGCCUUGCAUGUUACGGAGGUCUUUUUUGAAAAUCCAUUAGUUCCAUUUCCCCAAGGGGGAUAAAUAAAAAAAAGCCUGGUGCUUUUUCUGUUCGUGUCAAUGCCGGUUUUACUCUCUUGUUCCGAUUUGGACUUGGUACAUUUUAAUCAGUGGGGUUGUUUCAGCUAAAACUAGGGUAUGCCGGUGACAUGGGUGGGGGAUAAAGUUGACGCUUUAUUUACUGCGUUUCUACGCAAUUUAUAACUCUAAAAUGCUAUUCAGAGAACAGCAAAAACCAGCAAAAUUUACUCCAGUCAUAAUACACUAAACUGCUAUUACCUUUUAAUGGUGAUUGGAAUGAUUUUAGUAGCCUAUUUUAUAUUGUUGGUGUUGAGCUAGGAUAUGAUGACUGCCAUACUCAAUUGACGCCCUGAUUUCAAUCCAGGCGGUAUAUUUUAAACCUGAAGUCAUUCAAAUAUAUAUAUAUAUGUAUCCCCAUUUAUAAAUCAUAAAAAGCAAGCAAUUUGUUUUCAUUUCAUUCUAUGCUUUAUAGCCAUUUCAAUGUUGAAAAUGAAAUAUUAUAGUAUUGUUGAUGGUGAGAAGUCCUGGGAUUACACCCCGGUAGAAAUACAUAUGGAAUCUUUUGAAAUGUGUUUUGCAUCUGUAACUCAAGCAUUUACAACUUGUUUUGUUUGCAAUAUUGAUCGGUGUAGCUGCUCUUGGUAUAUAGUGAGCAAAAGUUAUAGAGUAAGCUACUGCAGUGCAUUUUGUUGUAACCAAAUCAACUGAAGGAACAUACUUUUUCAAAUGCAUCUCUUUUUGAUUUCUCAAGACUGUGAUCUUGGCUGUGAGAAGUUCUAUUACUUUAUCCCGACCGUAUUUAGGUCUUUGCAUUACAUACAGGGGCCCAUUUUUGUGCUGAAACAAACAAAUGUGUGGCUGUUGCAUCAUGUGUUCUGUAAAGCCCACUUGGUGGUAAAUAUUUUAGGUUUUUAGACUUUACUGGGGUACAUCUUGAUAUAGAAACCCUGCUUACCUGUACACACACACACACACACACACACACACACACACACACACACACACACACACACACACACACACACACACACACACACACACACACACACACACACACACACACACACACACACACACACACACACACACACACACACACACACACACACACAGAGAGAGAGAGCCCUUACAGGAAAAAACACAAUGUGUUUUUGGAACACUUCACGUGCUGAAGUUUCACAUAACCUUUCACAUUUUCAUUUCAAAUGUGAAUCUUUUUGGGGGAUAUUUUUCACUUUAGAUUUCACAGGUGAUGCCCUGCAAAUAAAACAAGAGUUGUUAGAACACACAAACAGGGCUUAUAACAUCAUGCUUUCAACUUCCAUAUUUGGCACACUUUGACAUACAUGAUUACAUUGUGUAUGUUUGUUUAGACAGUAAUUAUUAUUCCACAUGUCCUCACCUAGGAUUUCAACUCACAACCUCUUUGUUCAUGGCAUUCUGACACAUUCCUCCUACACUUUGGACUUCAAAGUCAAUCUCAGCUUUGUUAAAAGUACAUAUUUAUCAGUGAGUGAUUCAGGAGUAACGUUAAAACAGAAUAAUAUGCCCCACAAACAUUAGGCAACUAUACAGAAAAUCCUCAAAUUGCUGAAAUAAGUUAAUUAAUUAAAUGAUGAGAGAAUAGUCACUGCUAACUAAAAUAGCAGUGUAGACUGCACUAUUUUGGUAAGUGUAGAGGUGUAGGGGAAUGCUACAGAGUUUGUGGCGCAGCAGAAAGAUCAGUUUACCCCAAAUCCAGAGGUUGUUAGCUCAAAUCCCAGGUGGGGACAUAUUGAAAAGUCAGUACUUAACUACCAAGUGAUCAUGUCUAAUGUAAUCAUAUUGACAUUGAUUAAAUGUUUUAACUAUUUUAGCUGAACAGCUUACCACUUACUUUAAAACUCCCAUACCAUGUAAUUACUUGACUUAUCGUCACGUUGCGUCCUGAUGAAUGGUAACACAAAGGUCUUGAGAACAUCUUACAAACACCCUAACAUGUUCCUCAAUGACUAGUUCCAGUUUGCUUCCAGGGAUUUUCCCCAGGGAUGUUUUUAGGACAUUCUUGGAAUGUUGUGUCAUGGUCCCCUGGAGGUUUUAUCUAGUUCCCGGUUUGUUUCAAGGAUUUUCCCCAUGACGUUUUUAGGACCUUCUUGGCAUGUUGUCAUGGUCCCCUGGAGGUUUUUGUCUAGCUCAAAUGUUGCCACAUGUUAAAGUUUUUCAUCCCCAUCCCCACAUUUACUCAAAUGGUGUCAAGUGUAGUUUAGCGGUGUCAUGUUGACAUUUUGCUUCCCAUGUUGUCACAUUUUAUUUCACACAAUAUCAUGUUAUCGCGUGUUGUUUUACAUGUCACAUGAACUUCACGUGAUCAUGUGACACGUGUUUUUCUGUAAGGGACACCUCUUUCUCUCUCUACAUUAUGCAUGUACAAAAGAUGAAGUCAUUGAAUAAAAGUUUGAUUAUCUCUC